AUGCAGUCGGGGUUUGCGGGCUCUCCUGUUGGCACCACUGUCAACAAGCAGACGGCCUUCGGUAACCAGCCAGGUAUUCUCCACACUCCUCAUUUUACCACGACUGGCUUUGGAGGUCCCAGUGGGAUCCCUAGCACUGGGAACACUAGCCCACAAGUUACAGCUACUCCUACAGGCCCACAGACCUUGGUGGGGCCUGCCGUCCUCAAUGGCCCACCACUGAUGGCUACUACGACAAGCUCACAGACGUUUGUGGGACCUGCAAUCCCCAUGGAUGGGCUUAAUGUGCCCAUGCCAGGUUCCAUUCGCUCACAGGCCUCUGGAGCAUUCAACGUUGGAGCUGGACUGAAGGGGACAUCCAGCACCCCUUCCGCUCGUCCUCUUGGUCAGAUAGCCUCCAGUCCAUCGCAUGGAAGUCCAGCUGCUGCUACAGGAAGGGCAAGUACUGUCCCAGUAAUGGGACAUGCUUCUAGUGCCACUUUCCAUCCAGACACCUGGGGCCCACUUGCCCAAAUCACAGGUGGUACUGUGAUGGGAAACAGCACCAUUCCCCCUGUUGGAGGCGCUAGUGCGCCCACUGCCAAUACGUGUCCCCAAGGGUCACUGGGACGAACAAAAUCCGGGGAAGGAACCCCCCCAAGCCACAGCACUUCUCCGUGUGGAAACGCCACCACCACAAAGGUCUGUGUGUCAAAGGUCGUGCGUGUUUCCCUCUUACAGAGCACCAGGGCCUUGCCUGGCCACACGACCUCACUUUUAGUUGCAAGAAGCAGCACCGAGAUCUCAGUGCUGCGAUGCACUUCUAGUUCUACCUUGCCGCCAGGCACCGGGGCCUUCAGGCCUCUCAGAGCGUUUCUUCGCCCUCCCCGCCGCCGGCCCCUGCCCGGCCGCGGUCGCCCGCUGCUCACCCCUGCCUGGGACACCGCCCAUCCUGGCCGCGACCACCCCGCCGUUCCUGCACCUGCCCCCUGCUCUGGGCGCAGGCCAUUCCUCCGGGAUCGCAGGCCCCCACCAGCUCGCUGCCACGUGGAGCCCAGGAGGCGGUACCCGCUCCCCCAGGCCGCGUGCCCCCCUCUGGGCCUCCUCGCCGUGGUGAACUGGAGGAACCCUCCGGGUCAACCUGUGCUGGCUGCGCGCAGUUCCCUGGGGUGCGGGCCCUCGAGGACUGUGAGGAUCCCUGCUCUGGGGCGCAGGUUCCGGCUCCUGCAUUCCCUACCUGCACAGGAAGCCAAGGCUGCGAGUCAGGUACCAUCCCCUCCCCUCCCCCUUUGCAGCCCACAGGGGGUGGAGGAGAAGGUCCCAGAGCACCCCGGAGAACAGACCGAGGCUCUUGGUGGGAGUGGCCGCCCCCAGAGCAGUGGGGGGACACCCCUGACAUCUGAGCCCCCGGACACCAGUGGCGUUCUCCGCCUCCACCAAGCCAGCCCUGCAACUCUGGACCGCCGUCUCGUGCCCUCCGGAGGGAGCUCGUGGGACAGCACCCAGAUGGCUCCCGUGUCCUCCUCUGAAGGCCGCGUUGCCACCUCUUCAUGUGGCCCCGUGGGAGAUGCCCUCGCGAAGGCCGACAGGGAUGCGGCAGUGCUCUGGGGCCCAACCGCAUGCCGCCCCUUGCCGCAGGAGACGUGCACACAGGCGGCGGUGGCUGAAGACCAUCAGCCUGGGCAGAGCACGCGGGCCGGAGCGAGGAAGGACACGCAGGCUGAGAAGCCCUCGGGCGUGUCGCCACGGAGCCCUCUCCCACCAGCACCUGCCAGCAGGAGGCAGAACAAGAGGAAAAUGGCCAUGCCCCUCUGUCUGCCAUUGCCGCCACCACUACCGCUGCUGUGGGAUCGAGGGGACUUGCCCGCACCCCCGAAGCUUCCUUGCGUGGCUCUUGACAAGGACCCAGGCACCUUGCCGAACACCGAGUGUCCCAGGAACACGACCUUGAAGGACAGAACAAAGACCUUGGCAGACUGCAGGGCCGCUCAGCCUGCCCCCUCCUCCCCCCCACUGGCCUCGGAGACUGCAGGCUCCCCGCCCCUGGCCGCUCACGCUGCCCACGGCCCUGUUCCUCCCACCGACUUGGCUGGCCCUUCUGCCAGGCCCCCGAUCCUCUCUGUCCCGCCGUCGUCCCCAACACGACAUGCUGGUCGGGAAACAGGACAUGGAGUUCCUGAAUCUCCUCCCCUGGCUGUUCCCGCCGAUUCUCUUCCUCCCCUUCCUUCCAGUCCCAUUAGGGAAACUCCACUUGGCGGAGGUCCUCCUCCCCCAGGCAGGGCUACGACACCCACCUCUGACCGCCCCACACCUUCCAACACCUCAACCUCCUUACACCCACCCUCCUGCACAAAAGAAUCCCCAACCCCCAUGUGUGUAGACUCUCCCCCUCUCUUCCUGACAGCCCCUCUCCCAGGCCACUCCACACAUAGCUCUGUCGUUGCAGUCCAGCCCGGCACCUCUAAACCGACUUCUUCUCCCACCGCAGCAAAGUCAUCUGCUUUGACCUCCAAGCCUAUUUCCAAUCCUGGUGUCGUGGACAUGGACACUACGUCCCCUUCCCGGGCUGUCAUCUUCAGCUCGCCCCCACACUCCGGGAUGAGCUGUCCUCCGUUUUCCCGGGGCCACUGCAGUAUGAAGCAGAGAUGCCCUGCGAAAGUUGCAGCAUCCACCAGUCUACCUACGUCGAUGGCCCCCGGCCCCACCCCACUUGCUGAUCAACUCUUCAGCCUCCACAUCACCCCUCAGCCCACACAUGGGACUCUUGCUGGGAGACAUCAAACAGCUGUUCUUCCCAGUGCUCCUAUCGCCACUGGCUUGCCCAACCUGAGUUCUGGGGCCACCACCACUCCAGUAGGCAGCACCUCUGCAAACCCCAAACCUCACUCUGACGCCGAGGCCAUGGAUACCACAUCUCCCUCCCGGGCUGUCAUCUUCCAGACCCCCCUGGGUCCCAGAAGAACCGCUUGCCACUGUACAGGGCGCUUCCUGGUUCUGUCAGCCAUCAUACAGGCCUCCGUUUGGAUGCAUCCUAACCCAGGAAUCGCCCCUCACUCUGACGCCGAGGCCAUGGAUACCACAUCUCCCUCCCGGGCUGUCAUCUUCCAGACCCCCCCUGGGUCCCAGAAGAACCGCUUGCCACUGUACAGGGCGCUUCCUGGUUCUGGCAACACACCACCCGGUAGCAGUACUGCCUUGGCCCAUGGCUCUACCAUUUUCCCUCAAAAGUCAGCCAUCAUACAGGCCUCGGUUUCGAUGCAUCCUAACCCAGGAAUCGCCCCUCACUCUGACCCCGAUGCCAUGGAUACCACAUCUCCCUCCCGGGCUGUCAUCUUCCAGACCCCCCCUGGGUCCCAGAAGAACCGCUUGCCACUGUACAGGGCGCUUCCUGGUUCUGGCAACACACCACCCGGUAGCAGUACUGCCUUGGCCCAUGGCUCUACCAUUUUCCCUCAAAAGUCAGCCAUCAUACAGGCCUCCGUUUGGAUGCAUCCUAACCCAGGAAUCGCCCCUCAAUCUGACCCCGAUGCCAUGGAUACCACAUCACCCUCCCGGGCUGUCAUCUUCCAGACCCCCCUGGGUCCCAGAAGAACCACUUGCCCCUUUACAGGGCGCUUCCUGGUUCUGGCAACACACCACCCGGUAGCAGCACUGCCUUGGCCCAUGGCUCUACCAUUUUCCCUCAAAAGCUAUCGGCCUGGCCACUCCUAUAACUCAGCCACCCGGAGGGACCACAAUGCAAUCGGGGUUUGCGGGCCUCCUUUUGGCACCACUGUCAACAAGCAGACGGCCCUUGGUACCACUGGGAUCCCUAGCACUGGGAACAGUAGCUCACCAGUUACAGGUACCACUACAGGCCCACAGACUGUCGUGGGGCCUGCAGUCCCCAGUGGCUUACCAGUCACGGCUACCACUACAGGCCCACAGACGUUUGUGGGGCUUACAGUCCUCAGUGGCUCACCACUCAGGGAUACCACUGCAGCCCCUCAGACCUUUGUGGGGCCUGCACUCCCCAGGGCAUCACUACUCCUGACUACCAGCACAGGCCCACAGAUGAUUGUGGGGCCUAUAGUCCUUAGUGGCUCACCACUCACGGCUACCACCACAGGCCCUCAGACCUUCGUGGGGCUAGCAGUCCCAGUGGCUUAUCAGUCACGGCCACCACUACAGGCCCACAGACCUUUGUGGGACCUGCAAUCCCCAUGGAUGGGCUUAAUGUGCCCAUGCCAGAUUCCAUUCGCUCACAGGCGUCAGGAGCAUUCAACGUUGGAGCUGGACUGA